GAACAUCGUUGUCGCUUCUCGGCCCUUACGCAGUCACGCUUACGGGGUCCACGUUGCACGUGACACUACACGAACGAGAACAGUACGCCAGAUUCAGUCCGUAUCCCCCGGUCUCCCGUGUGGUGGUCACUCACGAGUUCUUGGUUCGCCAAUCGCGACGAACGCCACACGGUUCGGGAUAGAGCUCGCGUUGUUCGUUAAUUGGGGGUUACUUGUUCUUCCCCCUUCUGUUUCUUCUCCGUACAGACUGCUUCAUGGAGCGUACGCUGCCGUCGAUUCAAGCCAAGCAUGCAGAGCCUGCGUCGUCCAUCUGCAGCACGGUGCGUUGUAUGAAGUUCGACUGAGCUACUGUAUCGAAGUGCGCCUCCGAUCCGCCCGCGGCACGCAGUCAGACCACGAGGCUGCCCCAAGCUCUGCCUAUUCUCUCCUCCCUUCCAUGCAGACGAACGCCCGCGGGACGUCCGGUGCCGUCACUCGUUGCACCGCGUGCCCACGAGUGUAACAAGUUGCUCUUGAAUUUCAAAUUUUUACUUUGAUUUCGGACUCGCUCACCACGCGCACCAUGCGUUGCGAUUCAAAAUUGGCAGCUCGUGCGCUUUUUGAAUUCUACCGUCGUCGGAGGUCCAGGGUCCUUCGGGUUCUUGCCCUGCUGGUCUCGGAGUUUCGCAGAUGAUGAUAAGCCGACGAGCCCCGAGUCCGGGCCCAUUCACUCCCCUCGAUCGUCGCGGUGCUCGACAGUCCGCCUGCAGAGACUGCGACGUGGGACUGACAGUUUUGCUGCAGAAUCAACAGGGUCGAGCCUGAUCGAUUUGCGUCCACACUCUUGAGACUUUCUCUCGACUGAUUCUUCUCACAGUCAAUGAGCUAAUCAGAGCUGAUUGACCUAGUCUUAUCGGGUCUCGGCUGUCAGCUAUCUGUUCAAACUACUGAGAACGAGUCCAGGUGGGGGUCUCCAAGAAAACGAGACGCGAUAUUCAAGUUGUUCCUGAAAUCGGAUGUCGCAUACAUCGGUACGAGCCCGACAUUGAUACAUUACUGAUGGAACCUUCCAAUCAAGGAGCCUCGGAACCGUGCAUUAAUGAAAGGCAGCCCAAGGGCAAGGAGAAUAUGAUUGGGAAGGCAAUUUUCAAAGGGACAGAGCUGCUUUGUCCGGUCUCUACAAGCAGCCCUCUUGCGAUUGCUGAACAGCCGGAAUUGAGGGCCUACAAACUGGGAAAACAGAAAUGUUCUUAUAAUCAGGUGGAGUUGGUUAUUAAAGAUGUAGGAGGUGGAAAGAUUAACGAAUUGAAGGUGUCGGAGGCCAUCGAGACAUGUGUUGGGUCCGAGGUCGACGAGUUGUUGCGAGAGAGCUGUUUGAAGUUCAACGUGCGCUUCAUAAACAACAAUCGCAUGCACUUGUACAUAUAUGUGGUUUACGCUACACCCCAUGGCACAAGCCGAACAGAUAAUCAGUCUGUUAAUUACCAAUGGAUCCCUGUAACACGAGCAAAGUGCAGGAAAUCUUGCAAAGGUCCCGUCAUCCGAGGGCUUCAGAGGUUUGGAAGGAUGCCAAGGCGAAAUGCAUCCGGGCUGGAUGGUGAGGACUCCUGGAAGGAGCCACGACACUUAUACAUCGCCAUUGACGAGGCAAGCACGCAUGUCUGCCCCAGACAUGAAACUUCAAAGUUCCGGCUCCUGGUCGCAGCUUACGAUGAUAAAAAUCAGCUGCUAGGAUCGACCGUAUCCAGUAGCAUUCGCGUUUUGGCCAACAACGAUGCUCCUCUCGGUGCGGCAUCUUUUAAAUUACACUGUCAUAUUAAAGGUGGCUGGAAUUCUAGCAUAGCUGAAUCUCCCAUUCGUAAUGCUGGUCAUCGAAUUCACGAUAAAGCUGUAAUCAGCAGCAGAUCACCACUGCAAGAUAUCAUCCAGAAUUCCAGCCCUCCCAAAAGCUCGAAGUCUACUACUACAGACGAAACCGCCAAGCAAGGCGAAUUGACAUCAAGUCCUCUUCUCGACAUUGAUCUGAACAAAGAUAUCUAUGAUUUUGAUCAGGAAGUCGAUGAAAAUAAUAUGACCAAUAUCCAGACUUCCCACAAAGCUACAACAUCUGAUCAAACUGGUGCAGUGUACAAAGACGAAAAGGAACACUCUUUGACAGACCUAUGCGAAAGACUGCUCAUGGCUUGUGUUUCGAAGCAAGAAUAUGGACAAGCAUAUGUGACGCUGAGACUCCUGGCGAAUACACUUGGUGCAAGACGUAGGCGAAUUCUAGAAAUCAUCAACGUGCUGGAAAUCAUUAAUGUUAUUCAGAACCAAGGAAAAGAGAAGUAUCUUUGGCUUGGGAGCACUCAGAUUGCUCGGGCCUUAUUAAGACUCAAGGAUGAUGGAGAAGCAAAGGAAUCAAAUCGAACGUUGACACGUCCCGGUAGAAGACCCAAAGCGAGGAACGGGGAUAUCAAUCAUCGUGAGAUUGAAGAAUUGAAAAGCGAAAUAAACAAUCCCAUGCGGUCACUUAGCAAAAAAUUCGUUCAGCUCUUUUUAAUACAUGAGAAAUCGCCACAUAUAUCCUGGGAAAGAAUGCUCGAGUACAUUAUCGAUGGCCAGGGUGAUGAUCCUGAAACGAUAAGAGCCAAAACAAGGCGGCUAGGAGAAGUAGCUCGCAUCUUUAAUGCUAUCCAUCUCAUUAGAAGGGUGGCCAGUGAGAAGACACAACCAGGCUUGGUGUACGAGUGGUUGGGUAGCCAAGGUGUUGCAGAGCAUCUCGUCACACUUGCUGAUUUGGCGGAAUCAUCUGGCACCAAAAAAGUUGACGGACGUCGCACCAGAAACUACCAACCACGGGGCAGUUCGAGAUCACCAAUGAAAGAGGAAAGGAAAGGGUCGGGAUCACGACAAAGUACUGUAUGUGAUGGUUCAAUUUCCAACUUGAGUCAGAUUCAGCAGACAAAAAUGCAGUCACUGCAUCAAAUUUCACUCUCUUUACCAGCAGACCGCUUCAAGUCCGUCGAAAACUCUGCUAGAGGGCAGUCAUCUGCAAGCAAAGAACCCGACAGGGAUGAGAAUGCCCAUGUGUGCCGGAAGUUUAGUGUUCCUCGGAAGAAGAGAGCCCAGAGGCCGUUUGAGAGCCUUUCGAUUAACGAAGCAGCUGGUGCUGAAACUCCUGUACCCAGGUCGAAUAUGUUUCGAACAUCUUGUACCGACUCGACCCGGAAUUCUGCUUUUAAACUGUGCCAAUCAUCUUUGUCUGGUCAUAUCCGAGGGGAAAUCGCAUCUCAGUGCGAUCUUUCACUAUCUCAUCAACAAUCUAAAUUUUCAAACUGGAAGCUCCAGGUUGAGAAAUUAUCGACAUGGGGAGGCCGACCAGUUGACCCAGAACCACAAUGCUCAUCUGUUGACCAAGAAAUCCAUCAGAACUCUUACAAAGUUAUUCAACCUGUGAAUGUCUCAGCUAGUUUGCGGAAGGAUUGUCCUGAGACUAACGUGCAUGAAGUCUCCGCGUCGUCAGAACAUACUGCUGAAGGUGAAACAUCUCCAGAUAAGAUAGACGCAGGAUCGACCACGACAGAUGCACUCGACACGUUCAACACCAAAUACUCUGGAGGUAAAUCGAGAAAUGGUGUGUUUCGAGGUGAGCGCUCAUUUAGGAUAACAGCUUUACGUGGGACCACAUGGCGGAAGUGGCAAAAUCGCUCCAGCAGCACUACUUCAAAGGAAGUUCAUCGCAACAUUGAAGAUAUUCCUCAAUUACCCAUGAAUCCUCUGAUUGAGUUGAGAGCUUUGUCCUUAAUGCCACAAUCCGACACGGUCGCAUCCAGCAGCGUAAGUAGGCCAAAUGCUCAGCAGGUCCCUUACAAGAAGCGAAAGUUCAACUAUCGGACUGAGGAUGAAGGAUCAUCUACUUCUGGAGAGACACCACAAUCAUCAUCUUCGCAUGAAGGUGAUGGAAGUAGUGGACAGUUGCAGGCUCAUUCACCGUGUUCUCUUGACCAUGGCAAACGGAGUUUGCGGGGACGGGAAAUAUCAGCACCUCUUUAUGAAGAAAUCGGAUUGCGCGUAUGCGAGCAGCCACAACGACCACGCUCUGAGGAAGCUGCCACGCAACGAGAGCCAGCUUUUAAUCCUCUUGGAGACCUUCUCAAGUACAUGACUCAAGAGCAGCUGAUUGAACUCCAAGCCCAAAAUCCAUUGUGAUUUAUUUCUUACAGCAUUCUUCUUCAACUACGUGAAAGCGGCCCGAGCAUUGUUUAACAGACAGAUCGCUGAAAGGUGGACACCAGAGUCGACUGUAAGAUUUCCUCUGCCCAAGGUUGGUGGCUUCGAUCUUUCUAAGCUCGAUGAGCAGGAGGAUACCCCUGAACGGAAUUACUAAAAUUCACGCCGUCCGAAACUGUUCUGACAAUCUGAUGUCAUUAUUUUCAUCUAUACAUGAUUUCAAGAGUCUCCAGUUUCAUCGAAGGGUAGACAUACAUAUCGCUUAUGCCAAUCCAUCAGACGAAAUCAAGAGCAGCUGUCAUGAAGAUGUGUAUGACGAAGGUCGCCGUUGCUGAUUCCCAAGGAGCAAAUGGAGGGUGAAAUGUUGGGGAACUGCGAAAUCUGACUGGUGGCAGAUGUGAUGGAUAUUACCGUUGUUGAUAAUCCAAGGGUUUCCAGGCCUAGAUUUUGCAACGAUUAUUCUCCAAUUUCCCAUCUCCAAUUUCGAUUUGUUAUUUUCUUUUUCUCUUUUCAACCUGAUUGCAAUCAUAUCAUGCGGCGAUUUCCAUUGUCAGUCUUCUGGAGAUUUAAUCCCUAAUUUUGUCCAUAUACCACUCGUUAAGACGCUGAGGACAGUCUCCAUAGCGAGACAUAUGUACAUGUGCACUAUAAACACCUUAAGUACCUCCAACAUUGGUACGUGAGACAAGUUUUGGCUUAGGCGUGUCAUCAGACUGUACAUACUUUCUGACAGUUGAAGCCAAUUUCCCAUGUACAUAAGAACUUUUUGUUCUUACUAUGAUCUAAUACAGAGAGGGACUCAUAGCUAGUUGGUUCUGAACAUCAGUAAUUUAGAUUCCUGUAAAUAUGCUCAUCACCUAAAACUUUGGCAUACCUGAAGUUCAACUGCAUUAUUCGGUGAGCAUAUGGUUAAAUUGUACGAGGACAGAUUUACAGGAAUUUGUUACUGAUCGUUACUAACAAGGCUCAACGAUCCAGUACUGCCAUGCAAAUUCCAACUCAUCUUUGGUAAAACUCCAAAUGCUCCUCCAUAUGAUUAUGAGAGGAUGUUGAUGAACUCUUGAAUUUCUUCUAUUUUAAUCUAUUAUUUAAAA